AUGCCUGAGGAGGAUGGAGAAUAUGCUGCUGCUAGUGCUAUCCCAGUACCUCCACCACCCCCGCCACCAAUGUUACCAACACCAGCCCAUGGCCUUCCACCUCCAGUGCUGGAGAAGAGCAAGUUCUAUAAGAAGGUGGCAGAGCACAGUGACCCCUCAGUUGGAGGAUUUGAAGAGUUAAAGAAGAUUAUCAAGAAGCAGCAAGAUAGGUUCAGUGGAGCAUUGAAAUGGCUUUUGUAUAAAAAACACAUACCAUCCUUGAUACAGGAGGGACCACAGUGUGGUCUGGUUGCCCUGUGGAUGGCAGGGGGGCUGUUAGACAAUACUAAGGAAAUCACGUUGGACCGAAUUGUAGAAACAGCCAUCUCUAAAGGAUAUACCACCCUUGGAGAAAUGUUCUCAGCUGCUAAUAUGGCCUCUCUGGCAGAGCUGGUGUUCUGCUGUCAAAGUGAGCUGCUCAGUGGUGGGAUGGAUGGAGACAACAGAGAGCGAAUCCUCAAUCACCUAACGGCUGGUCUGCCUGUACUUGUUCCAUAUGAUGAAGAUUUCAAUCAUGAGCCAUGCCAGAGGGAUGGACACCGGGCACACUGGGCUGUGAUCUCAGGUGUUCUCCUUGGGAUGCCGAGUGGCUCAUUUGAGCCUGACAUGGACAUCCCUGGACUGUAUCACUCACCCCCCAAUUCUCUGCCUCCAAGCAUAGGUGACACCGGUGAAAUCUACCUGAUUGCAAAACAAGGCAAGAGCCUCCGAUAUCAGCUGUGGGAAUACAGUUCUAUAAGCCGCAGCAACGGCCAGCUUCUCCAGCUGGACCCAAAGAGAGCCAGUGAUGGCAAUGCCUAUGUAUUACCAGAAGGGGGCGUACGAGCCGGGCUGUGUGGAAAAAUUGUACUUCUCAAACAAACAGAACUGAAAACUUGA